AUGUCUCGAACAUUAAUUUUGCUUGCCCUUGUGGCAUGCGCAUACUCAGCUGUAGUUCAAGUUCCACUUUUGAAAGUUGAAUCAAUUCGUAAUCGUAUGAUUCGUCAAGGAACAUAUGCCGAAUAUUUGAAAACAAAAGAACUUCGUCGACUUUAUAUAAAUCGAGGAGAAGCUGCGACUGUUGGACAAAUUGUUAGUGAUUAUGAAGAUGAAGCAUAUGUUGGAAAUAUUACCAUCGGAAAUCCACAACAACAAUUCAAAGUUAUUCUUGAUACUGGUUCAUCAAAUUUGUGGAUUCCUGAUAUUACUUGUGGAACAAAACCAAUCAAUUGUCAAUCUGAUCCAAAAUGUUCGAGUUCACUUCUUUGCCAAUUUGAAUGUGAAGAUCAAGCGUGUUGUGGAGCUGGACCAAACUACACAGAUUCAUGUCUUCUUCAGGCUAAAUUCGAUUCUUCAAAAUCGAAAACCUAUGUUGCAAAUGGACAAAACUUCAUUAUUGAAUAUGGAACUGGUUCAGCAAGAGGAUUCCUUGGACAAGAUACAAUUACAUUUGGAGGAGUUGGAGAGCCACAAUUGACUGUUCCAAAUCAAGUAUUCGGACAAGCCACUUCAUUGGCUGCAUUCUUCGAAGGACAACCUUUGGAUGGUAUUUUGGGAUUGGCAUUCAAAUCAAUUGCUGUUGAUCAAAUCACUCCACCAUUCAUCAAUGCCGUUAAUCAAGGACUUGUUGAUCAACCAAUCUUCACAGUUUUCCUCGAACACGAAGGAGAUCAAAAUGGUGUUCCGGGAGGAGUUUACACUUAUGGAGGACUUGACACAACAAAUUGUGGACCAGUUCUUGCUUAUCAACAACUUUCAUCAGCCACUUAUUAUCAAUUCAAGAUGAGUGCUAUUGGAGCCGGAAGCUAUAAAUCUACUAAAGGAUGGCAAGUUAUCUCAGACACUGGAACUUCUUUGAUCGGAGGACCAGCUUCAAUUGUUUCUGGAAUUGCAUCAGCUGCUGGAGCUACAGUAUGUUUUUUUUUUUCAAAGAAUUUUUCCCUAAAAAUUCUUUAUUUUCAGUACAAUUCAACUUAUGGUGUUUACUUGGUUCCAUGUGGAACAAAAGUUCCAACAGUUGAUAUCACCAUCGGAUCAAAUGUCUACAGUGUUGACUCAAGUAACACAGUUAUUCCAUUAGGAGAUGGAUCGAACAAUUGCAUUUUCGCCGUCUUCCCAUUCAAUAGUUUUGGAUUUGGACCAAGUUGGAUUUUGGGAGAUCCAUUCAUUCGACAAUAUUGUAAUGUUUAUGAUGUUACCAAUCAACGAGUUGGAUUUGCUAAAUCACUUCAAAAGUAG